GGUGUUUUUAGCCUGUUGAAGCGAAGCAUUAGAAUAUCAUCCCGGAAUACUCGCUUUUAUGGUCCCUUACGGCGCUACAUACUCCGAUACGGACGGUGGCAGCACACGUUUACAGUUGCUUUGCGAGUUCCUAACCAACAAUAGAAGAAGUCUGCUUCAAGCGUCACCGUGGAACCAAGCGGGAAGGAGCGGGCAGGAGGUGAAGCGGUGUGAGAGCAGCGGCUAUUUUCUUCUAUUAUUUAGCUAGCAGGCAGACUACCAGGGCUAGCUAAAUAAGGGGCGACUGAAGACGGAACAUGCCGCGGGAAAUCAUAACGCUUCAGCUCGGACAAUGCGGAAACCAGAUCGGGUUUGAGUUUUGGAAGCAGCUGUGUGCAGAGCAUGGCAUCAGUCCAGAGGGGAUUGUUGAGGAGUUUGCCACAGAAGGCACCGACAGAAAGGAUGUAUUCUUCUAUCAGGCUGACGAUGAGCACUACAUCCCUCGUGCAGUGCUCCUCGACUUGGAGCCCCGCGUGAUCCACUCCAUCCUCAACUCCCCAUAUGCAAACCUGUACAACCCAGAGAACAUCUACCUGUCAGAGCACGGUGGUGGUGCUGGGAACAACUGGGCAAGCGGCUAUGCACAGGGCAAAAAAAUUCAAGAGGACAUCUUCGACAUCAUUGACAGAGAGGCAGAUGGCAGUGACAGUCUGGAGGGAUUUGUCCUGUGUCACUCGAUUGCUGGGGGCACGGGUUCGGGGCUGGGAUCGUAUCUCCUGGAGAGGCUCAAUGACAGGUACCCAAAGAAGCUGGUACAGACUUACUCUGUCUUCCCAAACCAGGAUGAGAUGAGUGAUGUGGUUGUUCAGCCAUACAACUCGCUGCUGACGCUAAAGAGGCUCACCCAGAAUGCAGACUGCGUGGUGGUUUUGGAUAACACCGCUCUAAAUCGCAUUGCCACAGACAGGCUGCAUAUCCAGAACCCCUCGUUCUCCCAGAUCAAUCAGCUGGUUUCCACCAUUAUGUCUGCAAGCACAACCACUCUGCGCUACCCAGGCUACAUGAACAAUGACCUUAUUGGCCUGAUCGCGUCGCUUAUCCCUACACCCCGUCUCCACUUCCUUAUGACUGGAUACACACCUCUCACUACUGACCAGUCGGUUGCUAGUGUGAGGAAAACCACAGUGUUGGAUGUGAUGAGGAGACUCCUGCAACCCAAGAAUGUGAUGGUGUCCACAGGAAGAGAGAGGCAGCCCAGCCACUGCUACAUCGCUAUCCUCAACAUCAUCCAGGGGGAGGUCGACCCGACACAGGUGCAUAAAAGCCUCCAAAGGAUCCGGGAACGUAAACUUGCCAGUUUCAUUCCCUGGGGUCCUGCCAGCAUCCAGGUGGCUUUGUCCAGAAAGUCCCCGUACCUGCCCUCAGCUCACCGAGUCAGCGGCCUGAUGAUGGCCAACCACACAAGUAUCUCCUCUUUGUUUGAGCGGACGUGCAGGCAGUACGACAAACUGCGUAAGCGCGAGGCCUUCCUGGAGCAGUUCCGCAAAGAGGACAUAUUCAAGGACAACUUUGAUGAGCUGGACAACUCAAGGGAAGUUGUCCAGCAGCUGGUCGACGAGUACAGCGCAGCAACACGGCCCGACUAUAUUUCCUGGGGUACGCAGGAACAGUGAACAGACUUUUUGUUAUAUACUUAAUUCUCAGUCUUCUUGACUUCCCAAAAUUGUUUUAUUACAUGUAGAUGUCACAGUAGUUAUUUGGCUAUAGCCGCUUCUCUGAAUAAAAAAAGAGUAUUUAUUGGCUUGCUUUCACAUGUAAUACUGUAGUGUUUGUGUCUCCAAGUUAGAGACUUUCAUUAAUGUUAACCAAAAAAAGUCGCAUCCUGGAGAUUCUGAACCCCCAGUUUACAGAAAUCUUUCCUCAACCCUACUUAACAGCUUUGUGAAAUGAAAAUGAGAGCACUUAUUCUUUAAAAUCCUGCACAAAGCAUCUAUAAAUGCAUAUAUCCACUACUUUAUUUCUAUAGUUCAUCUCUUGCAGCCAAUCUUAUUAAGUUAUCCUCAGUGUAAAUCGACCUGUUGCCUUGUUUUGGUCUAUUUUUAUACAAAGUACAGUACUUCAGUUUUUGUGCACCUGGUGGGCAGUGAGAUGUCCUUGAAUAUAUAAGAGAGGACUGAUAGAAAGCAGUAGCAUGGUGAUUAAUGUAGAUUUUGUUAUUCCAGACAUUUCUAACCGUCUGUCUGCUGCUGAUACACAGUGCUCAUUUGUUAUCACUGUUCAUGACCAACAAGAAUGUCGAGUUGAAGUUGGACUGGAGCCAUAAAUGGUGUUAAAAUACCUGUCAUAAAAACAGCAUGGGGUCCUCUAAGAUUUAAUUUUAACUCUUCAUCUCUAUGACUGUAAAUAUUCUCCAGUAGCUGAUUCACUGGCAUCCAAUGUGUUGUCUGAAGUGAAGAUACUGAUAUACAUGUCGCUUUGCCUGUUGGACCUGUUUUAAAUUGAUGAAUAAACACAUUUUCUAUUAUUUUAUUUUCUACCUGAAA